AACUGCUGUAAGGAAGUAUAAGAAACAUUUUCGGAAACUGGGCAUCUUUUUUAGAGGAAGAUGGAGAACCCACUUCUUUUAUUUCCUCAGUUAAACAUUUCAGCAUCGAAGGAGAAAUCCUAUUACAAAGUCAUGAAAUCAACCAUUAAAGAAGAGCCACACAAAGGAAGCAAGCCUGGAGCUAAGCAGAAGAGAAAUAGGCUGAGCCUUCUUCUGCAGAAAUCUGAAUUCCAUGAAGGUGAUCACCUUGGCAAACUUGGAAACUUGACAAAAGCAGCAAGAGUGUCUCCUGAAGAAGCAGUGAAGUGGGGAGAAUCUUUUGACAAACUGCUUUCUGAGAAAGCUGGAUUGGAUGCCUUUACGAAGUUUCUGAAAACGGAGUUCAGUGAGGAGAACAUCGAGUUCUGGAUAGCCUGCGAAGAUUACAAGAAAAGCAAAACUGCACAAGAACUUUUGCCAAAAGCUAAGACCAUUUAUGAAACAUUCAUACAGAAAGAUGCUCCAAAAGAGGUGAAUUUGGACUUCCGAACCAAAGAAGUCACCAGUCAGAGUAUUGAACAGCCCAUCAUCACUACCUUUGAUGCAGCACAAAACACAGUCUACAGGCUGAUGGAGCAAGACAGCUACCCACGUUUCCUAAGAUCUGACCCGUAUUUAAAUUUGCUGAAGGGGAGAAAUCCUAAUCGCCCCACCCUCAGGAGACGGUCACGCUCAUUCACCGUCAAUGAUUUCCAGGGUGUACGACCAGACUUUACUGUUUGGUAACAGGGAAACUCAGCCCUC